AUGAUUAUAUCACACUCCUUUGCCCCUCUUCCUCCUUCAUGCAUUACCAUUACAUGCUCCAACUCUUUUUCCCAUAACAAUCACUUCAUCAAAUCCUCUAUACCUCCUUUUCUACUCUUGAGAAAUCUCACAACACCAACACCUCCUUUUCUACUCUUGAGAAAUCUCACAACACCAACAUUGUUAUGCAGUGCUACAAGUCCGCGGCGUGAAAAUUCCAAUAAUAUUGGGUUUGAUAUAGGCAUCACUGAGGAAGAUCAGGUACACGAGAGUGAUAAUUAUGGCGGAUUUUCACCUCAAGAGAUGGAAUUGAAGGAUGUUAUUGAUACACAAGAAGGACACAAAUAUGACGGUGAUAGCAGAAGAUAUUCGAGUGGCGGUGGGCCGUAUAAAGGCGAGGCAGAGAAGGAUUUUGAUAGAAAUCCUGAAUAUGCUGAAAUACUUGGUGAUUUUGUAGAUGAUCCUGAGAAGGCACAAUCUAGGAUGGAAGAGAGACUAAGAAAGAAUAGGAACAAAAUACUGCAGACAAAGACUGGUUCAGGAGUACCAAUGAAAGUAUCAUUUAAUAAAUUUGAUUAUUCAAACUCAUAUAUAUGGUUUGAAUUUUACAAUGUUCCAUUGGCAAAAGACAUCUCCUUAAUUUGUGAUACUAUUCGAGCAUGGCACAUUGUAGGACGUCUUGGAGGAUGCAACGCCAUGAACAUGCAACUGUCACAAUCUCAGAUGGAAAAACGACCAAGUUAUGAUUACGUUCAGGGAGCAAACGUGACGCCAACUACAUUUUACAACAUCGGGGAUCUUGAGGUUCAAGACAACUUGGCUCGAAUAUGGGUGGAUAUUGGAACUGAUGACCCAUUGAUUUUAGAUGUUUUGAUAAAUGCAUUAACACAGAUAAGUUCUGACUUUGUUGGGAUUAAGCAAAUAGUGUUUGGUGGAGACGAAUUUGAGAAUUGGAAAGAGGAUUUGACAUCAGAGGAAUCAGGUUAUGGUGUUCACAAGAUCUAG